CUUCAAAUAGGCUCAGAGCAUCUGCCAUGUAAGUCAGUGCUCCCUUCCACCCACUUACCAGCGCUCCACAUGCACUUGAUUGCAGGUUAGUGAGAUUUUCAUAUAGACAAUCCCUUGUCUAAAAACGUGGUGCUUAACACAAGUCAUAGGGAGGGCUGGUUUAGAUUGUCUGGCAAAAGGUCUAGUUUUUGCUUGCUGUUAUUUAUGAAGCCUUCAUUAAAACAAGCAGUGACCUGCACUUUGAACUAAACAAAAUGAAACGUGAAGGUAGUUUUGCAAUGGGGUUGUUCACAAUCUAAUCAAAACAAAGGUUUUUAGCAAUAUUGGUUGAUAAUUGUACAAAUGUCUGGGCUGCAUCCUUGUGUUAUACUCUAGUUGUUUGUACAAUUCAAUUAUUUAGAUAUCAUCUGAGUGGGCAAGUUCUGUCUUGUCGCACUUGCUGCUCAGCGAGCAAGUUCCAGUUUGCAGCUGAAAUACGAGGAUGAAAUUUGGAACUUUAUCUGUCAGUAGAGGCAAAGAUUAUACAUACACAGUCUUAAGUUUUAAUCUAUUGAUAAUGGGAGCAUGGAAUCCCUUGGAAAAUACAAGCUAACACAGUAUUUAGCGAGCAACUGCAGAAGUACUGAGGUGUGUAGUGUUGUUGCAGCUGAUAAAUCUGAAGCUCGAGGAAUAGCUGCCAACCUCCCCAUUUUUAUUGUAUGCAUGGAGUUCUGCACCUUAAUGUGUUUUGUUUUUCUCUGCCAGAAAUCAGGAUCACAUCUUAACAGCUCUAAGGAUAAAUGGACUGCAUGGUGAGAUUUGGAGGUGAAAGAAUGAGAAGCCGCUGCACUGCAACAACAGACACAGUCUGUGCCCCCUGUCAAGACGAAUACUUCAGUAGUGAGCACAACCACAGGUUCUGCCAGAGUUGUACAAUCUGCAACACUAGAAAGGGGAGUGUGGAAGUGAAGAAGUGUGAGAAGACCUCUGACAGAAUUUGCAAGUGUGUGGCAGGAUAUAUGCCAGAUGCCAGAUACACACUGGGAAGUGUAUGCUCACCAUGUCCUGAAGGGUCUUAUUCCAUAGGGGGAUAUGAGAAGUGUCAACCUUGGACCAACUGCAGCCUUCUUGGGAAGAAUACUCUUCAACCAGGGACAAAAACAGGUGAUGCUGUUUGCAGCAGCCAUGUCACACAGCCGACUACUUCUCAGAGUGCAACACCUACUUUGAACCUUUCCACCACACCCCACAAGAAUAAUACCUCGACUGCAGUGUUCGCACCAUCCAGACCCAGCCUGAUUCCUUCCAUUUGUUCGGACACGAGCAGUCCCACAGAGACUAACUGGGGGUCUAUAUCACUUAUCCUUAUUUGUCUGAUACUGCUCAUGGUGAGUGGAAUGUCCAUCCUCCUGUUGAUUAUCCAAGCAGCCAAAAAGGAGACCAAGAGGAGGCCUCAUAGAAACAGCCAUAAGGGCUGGUAAUUGGGACAGACAAAGUGGUGGCUCCAGUUGCCCCAGGCAAAAAGGAAACUGAACUGAGGCGAUGUGCAUGAUAUUCAGCUUGUGGCUGGAUGUCCUUAAGGUGGGCAGAAGUAGAAUUCACAGCCUGUUCUGCACGUACUCGUAGGAGUUUGUGCCCUGAAUGCAGAGGUACAAGCUGCCACAUUGGUGCACUUCAGUGGGUGGAAGAAUCCACUGGUUCUUCCUUCAAAUCUCAUCCCUAACACUAGAAGUGCUCCUGUGUGGAGAUCACGGUAGCACAGAGGAAGGAGAAGGGGUUAGGAGAUGUGUAACAUCUUUUCUUCUGUUCCGUCACAGUGUGUUGUUUCAGCCUUGAUUUGUUCUGAGCUUUGUAUGGGUAUGGGCAGGUAUGGCUGAAGAUAGCCCUUUCUUCUCUGUUUGGGGUGUUUCUGUGCCUCUCUGCUGAAGGAAGGAGAAGAAACCCACCUUUUCUAGGUCUCUUGAUAUAGUGAGGCUGCAUGCUUAGAACUCUGAGGUUCAUUUCUUUGCGGCAGUCCUCAAAGAUUCUCAAAGAUGAAGACCUUUUCAUCCAAGACUGAGGAACUAGAGCGUGGCAUGUAAGAGGCUCUUGGAUCAAACUCCAGCACAAGCCCUUGCAGAGCCUUUCUUCAAAGAGACAGUUUGGAUGCUCCUUUUUAGUGAUGAGUGGGGACUCUGAACCCUGAGGUGUUUCUGAGCACAGCUCCAUGUUCUUCUCUUUGCCUGUUUGAGACUCUGCUGUGUCUUCCUGUUCCAUGCGAAGGAGAAGGCACUUUGUGGUGUGUGUUCUCAAACAACCCUGAAGACCACAUUGCUUCCAGUGGCCUUUCAACCCUUGGGAUUGUAACGUUGAAUACAGGCAGCAGUGUGGAACCUGCCAGCAGUGAUAUGUAUCGCACACAGGACUGAGUGAGAAGAGGAUUGACAGAUGAAAUGUCAUUACCUUACGUCAGAGACAGGUAAGAUUAGCUCUAGAAAACCCCCAAAGAUUUUAAAGCCGGAUAGUCAGGUCAUUUCUGAAAGGUCACUGCUGACUUCAGAGGUUUAGACUUGGCAUGUACAACUAUUAUCUGUGAUCUGACUGUAAAUGUUCCAUCACUUGGCAGUGUCUGUGCGCGACUGUAAUGCUUGAACAAGAAGGAGAACAUGUAGAGACGAGUUCAGAAGAAAAACAAGAUUCAAAAAAGGUAAGAGGAAAUAAAUUGUUAGUUCCUACUCUGAUAAACACCAGGUAUCACAUGCACUAACUGCCUCUAUAGGGUUCCCUUAUGUGCCACCUGCCAGUUGUCUCCUUAGGCCCUUUGGAGGUCCCUUC